CCACUGGGCAUGUACUGACCAAUGUGGCAGGUCUGAGAACAUAGCUGAAGCUGAAAAUAGGAAAGCUGGGGCAAGGAAGAGCCUUGAAUCUUGAGGUGGGACGUUGACUCUAAGAUGUCCUUGAGCAGUGGAGCCUCCGGAGGGAAAGGAGUGGAUGCAAACCCGGUUGAGACAUACGACAGUGGGGAUGAAUGGGACAUUGGAGUAGGGAAUCUCAUCAUUGACCUGGACGCCGAUCUGGAAAAGGACCAGCAGAAACUGGAAAUGUCAGGCUCAAAGGAGGUGGGGAUUCCAGCUCCUAAUGCUGUGGCCACACUACCAGACAACAUCAAGUUUGUGACCCCAGUGCCAGGUCCUCAAGGGAAGGAAGGCAAAUCAAAAUCCAAAAGGAAUAAGAGUGGAAAAGACUCUAGCAAACCCACUCCAGGGACUUCCUUGUUCACUCCGAGUGAGGGGGCAGCUAGCAAGAAAGAGGUGCAGGGACGCUCAGGAGAUGGUGCCAAUGCAGGAAGCCUGGUUGCUGCUGUUGCUCCCAAGAGCUCAGAGAAGGCGGCUAAGGCGUCCCGCAGUGUAGCCGGCUCCAAAAAGGAGAAAGAGAACAGCUCAUCUAAGAGCAAGAAGGAGAGAAGCGAAGGAGUGGGGACUUGUUCAGAAAAGGAUCCUGGGGUCCUCCAGCCAGUCCCCUUGGGCGGACGGGGUGGUCAGUAUGAUGGAAGUGCAGGGGUGGACACAGGAGCUGUGGAGCCACUUGGGAGUAUAGCUAUUGAGCCUGGGGCAGCGCUCAAUCCCUUGGGAGCUAAACCGGAGCCAGAGGAAGGGGAGAAUGAGUGUCGCCCGCUAAAGAAAGUCAAGUCUGAAAAGAUGGAGUCUCCUGUCUCUACACCAGCGGUGCUGCCACUGCACCUUUUAGUGCCAGUGGUCAGUAAUGACAUCUCAUCCCCCUGUGAGCAGAUCAUGGUUCGUACUCGAUCAGUCGGAGUCAAUACAUGCGAUGUGGCUUUAGCCACAGAGCCUGAGUGCCUGGGCCCCUGUGAACCUGGAACAAGUGUCAAUCUUGAGGGCAUCGUGUGGCAGGAAACAGAAGAUGGGAUGUUGGUGGUGAAUGUCACAUGGAGGAACAAGACAUAUGUAGGCACACUUCUAGACUGUACACGGCAUGAUUGGGCACCCCCCAGGUUCUGUGAUUCCCCCACCAGUGACUUGGAAAUGCGCAACGGUAGGGGCCGAGGCAAGCGGAUGCGUCCCAACAGCAAUACUCCUGUCACAGAGACAGCCACGGCCUCCGACAGCAAAGGGACCACCAGCAGCAGCAAAACCCGAGCAGGAGCCAACAGCAAAGGCCGUCGAGGCAGCCAAAAUUCUUCAGAGCAUCGUCCACCUGCCAGUAGCACCUCUGAGGAUGUCAAGGCCAGCCCUUCCUCGGCUAAUAAGAGGAAAAACAAACCCCUCUCGGACAUGGAGCUGAAUUCUAGCUCAGAGGACUCCAAAGGGAGCAAACGUGUUCGUACGAAUUCCAUGGGUUCAGCCACUGGCCCCCUCCCUGGGACCAAGGUGGAACCCACUAUGCUAGAUAGAAAUUGUCCCUCCCCUGUCCUGAUUGACUGUCCCCACCCUAAUUGUAACAAAAAGUACAAGCACAUCAAUGGACUUAAGUACCACCAGGCUCACGCCCAUACAGAUGAUGAUAGCAAGCCAGAAGCAGAUGGAGACAGUGAGUAUGGAGAAGAGCCCACCCUCCACGCGGACCUCGGGAGCUGCAAUGGUGCAUCUGUCUCACAAAAAGGUUCCCUGUCCCCUGCCCGCUCAGCUACCCCCAAAGUUCGGCUCCUAGAGCCCCAUAGCCCCUCUCCCUCCAGCAAAUUCAGCACAAAAGGUCUCUGUAAGAAAAAGCUGAGUGGGGAAGGGGACACAGACCUUGGAGCUUUAUCCAAUGAUGGCUCUGAUGAUGGACCCUCAGUAAUGGAUGAAACAAGCAAUGAUGCCUUUGAUUCUUUGGAAAGGAAGUGUAUGGAAAAAGAAAAGUGUAAAAAACCCUCUAGUUUGAAACCGGAAAAGAUUCCUUCCAAAAGCCUAAAAUCAGCCCGGCCCAUUGCCCCCGCCAUACCCCCACAGCAAAUCUAUACUUUCCAGACAGCCACCUUCACAGCAGCAAGCCCAGGAUCCUCCUCGGGCUUGACCACCACAGUGGUCCAAGCCAUGCCCAACAGCCCCCAACUCAAACCCAUUCAGCCCAAGCCCACUGUAAUGGGAGAGCCUUUCACAGUCAACCCUGCCUUGACACCAGCCAAGGACAAGAAAAAGAAAGACAAAAAAAAGAAGGAGUCUUCAAAGGAACUUGAAAGUCCUCUGACCCCAGGGAAGGUGUGUCGAGCCGAAGAAGGCAAAAGCCCAUUCAGGGAAUCAUCGGGAGAUAGUGUGAAAAUGGAAGGGCUCCUAAAUGGCUCAUCAGACCCCCACCAAAGCCGACUGGCUAGCAUCAAGGCUGAAGCUGAUAAGAUCUACAGCUUCACGGACAAUGCCCCCAGCCCUUCCAUUGGUAGCAGUAGCCGCCUAGAGAGCACUACCCCUACCCAGCCCAUGACUCCCUUACACGUAGUGACCCAGAAUGGAGCUGAAGCCAGCUCAGUCAAAACCAACAGCCCUGCAUACUCUGACAUCUCUGAUGCUGGGGAGGAUGGGGAAGGCAAAGUGGACAGUGUCAAAUCAAAGGACCCUGAACAGUUGGUUAAGGAAGGAGCUAAGAAAACUCUUUUCCCCCCUCAGCCCCAGAGCAAAGACUCACCAUAUUAUCAAGGCUUUGAGAGUUAUUACUCUCCAAGUUAUGCACAGUCCAGCCCAGGAGCUCUGAACCCCAACAGCCAAACAGGAGUGGAGAGCCAGGCCCUGAAGACAAAAAAGGAUGAGGAGCCAGAGAGCAUAGAGGGGAAAGUGAAGAACGACGUCUGUGAGGAAAAGAAACCAGAGCUGAGCAGUUCCAGUCAGCAGCCCUCUGUCAUCCAGCAACGUCCCAACAUGUACAUGCAGUCCCUGUACUACAACCAAUAUGCCUACGUGCCCCCCUACGGCUACAGUGACCAGAGCUACCACACCCACCUCCUGAGCACUAACACAGCUUACCGGCAGCAGUAUGAGGAGCAGCAGAAGCGGCAGACCUUGGAGCAGCAGCAGCGGGGACUGGACAAGAAGGCAGAAUUGGGCCUGAAGGAGCGGGAGGCAGCACUCAAGGAAGAAUGGAAGCAAAAGCCGUCAAUUCCACCAACUCUCACCAAGGCCCCCAGCCUGACAGACCUGGUCAAGUCAGGACCCGGCAAGGCUAAGGAACCAGGGGUAGACCCUGCCAAAUCUGUCAUUAUCCCCAAGUUGGAUGACUCUUCCAAACUCCCCAGCCAGACCCCAGAGGGACUGAAAGUGAAGCUGAGUGAGGCCAGCCACCUAGGCAAGGAGGCCUCUGAGGCUAAGACAGGUGCAGAGUGUGGCCGACAGGCAGAAGUGGAUCCCAUACUCUGGUACCGACAGGAAGCAGAGCCCCGGAUGUGGACAUACGUUUAUCCUGCCAAGUACUCAGAUAUAAAGUCAGAGGAUGAGCGGUGGAAAGAGGAGCGGGACCGCAAAUUGAAGGAGGAGAGAAGUCGGAGUAAGGACUCUGUCCCCAAGGAGGAUGGGAAGGAAAGCACAAGUAGUGACUGCAAGCUGUCCACAUCCGAAGAAUCCCGUCUUGGGAGCAAGGAGCCCAGACCAAGUGUCCACGUGCCUGUGUCCUCGCCCCUCACCCAGCACCAGUCUUAUAUCCCCUACAUGCACGGCUACUCCUACAGCCAGUCCUAUGAUCCCAGUCACCCCAGCUACCGGGGCAUGCCUGCUGUGAUGAUGCAGAACUACCCAGGUUCCUACCUGCCUUCCAGCUACUCUUUCUCCCCAUAUGGCAGCAAGGUCUCAGGAGGUGAAGAUGCCGACAAGGCACGAGCCAGCCCCAGUGUCAGUUGUAAAUCCAACUCCGAGUCCAAAGCCCUGGACAUCUUACAGCAGCAUGCCAGUCACUACAAGAGCAAGUCUCCCACGAUAAGUGAUAAGACGUCUCAGGAGAGAGAUCGGGGUGGCUGCGGGGUGGUUGGGGGUGCUGGCAGCUGUAGCAGCGUUGGGAGUGCCGGAGGGGGCGAAAGGAGUGUAGACCGGCCGCGCACUUCCCCGUCCCAGCGCCUGAUGUCCACGCACCACCACCACCACCACUUGGGCUACUCACUGCUCCCAGCACAGUACAACUUACCCUAUGCAGCAGGGCUUUCUUCUACAGCCAUUGUUGCCAGCCAGCAAGGCUCUGCUCCCUCACUCUACCCACCACCCCGGAGGUGAGAAUGAACACCAAGUGCCCGGAUAAAGUCAACCUCACGGGCCCGGACUGGCUCACCCAAGGAGGUGCUGGAGGUGCCAUUUAGACAUCAGUUAAAUGGUGUUGAUCAUCCUGUUUGCCGUUUCCACCAUGACCGAAGGCAGAUCCUUGGCUAUCUUGCCUCCACCAGACCCCUGGACUCCCCGACCCUCCCUCUUCCUGAGGAGCUGGAGAGCUGGUACUUAGCAAAAAUAUUUAUUCUCUCGGCCACAGUCGUGACUGUUGUGGCCUCUGUGGAGAUGAAGGCAUGGGGAGCAACCAGGGAAACAUGGCCUCAGCCCAGAGAAGUCACUGCUCUGUUCCUCAAGCCCCUGUCAGCUGCCAGAGCAGUACCAUCCCCUCCCCGACCCCCCUCGGGUAGGAACCCCCUCAAGCACCGGGUAAGGUCUGAAGACAGCACAGCAGCCAUACCCUCUCACUGUCAUUACCACCAUCACCAGAUCCUGCAUCUCUCCAGUGGUUUGGGCCCUGGGAAUUGGUAGCACGUGGAGGAAUUAGAAUCUCAGGAAAGAAAUGGGGACUGUUUUCUCUGUAAUUGUGAAAACAUGGUCUUCAAACAUGAAGACUUCUCCCCUCUCAUAUGAGCACAUAAAAAUGCUCAGAUCUUAGCCUGGAAGGGAAGACCAAGGCAUUUACCCCACCAUGGUCUUGGGUAACCUGCCAGGCAGAGGGCAGUGGUCCCACAACCAGCACAGGGCUCCCCGGGAACACCGGGAAUGAGCUGGAGCAUGAAUGGAGUCUGUGGAGUAGAACCUGCAUCCCACCAAGUCCUGCUGCUCCUUAGUCACCAACUCUUUGCCCUUUCCUCUUUUCCCUCCUGACUCCUUGGUGCCUUUCCCAGGGGAAGCUUCACGCUCAUCUCUCCUCUUGUUUUCCACUGCUUGGCUCUUCAGACUCGGGAAGGUAAAAGAGUUUUUCCCCAGCACAGGGAGCCUUAGUGUCUGCCAGCUCACCUUAGGGCAAGGUCCAGGAGGCAGAGCCAGGGGACACCUGGCAGUUCAGAGAGAGGUCCUAUCUCUUCAGCCAUCUGAGUAUCCUCAUUUAGGGCCACAAACAUACACAAUGCAGUUUCUCUGUACACAAGUAUGUGAUUUUUACAUAGCUCUAUCCAUAGCCCGUGUGUGUCAAUAUGAGCUGUGUUUCUUUCUGACACGUUUUGCAGGGACCAUUGACCAUAGAGGUUAUAUGGGCCUCAGACCCUGGGAUGACACAUCCAAGCCAUUACUCCUCAGGCCUCUACUCUUUGAGGCAGCAGACAUUUCUCUGCUCUCCUUAGAACAAGUCUCCUCGUCCAGGCUUUGUGUUCUUUGUACUGAGAAAGUGAUGAUUUGGUAGCUUUACUGGAGUCACUUCUUCCCCAAGGUAUGGGGAGCUUUAACUCUUACCCUGCUGUUAGAUCACCCCUUUGUUCUUCUCUCCUGUCUUUCUUUGACCUGGAUUGAAAGAUAAAGACUGACAGACACCAACCUAGCGGAGUUCAGAGAAGGGUUUGUGAUCAGAGUGCCAAAGGUGACCACUGAAGAGCGGGGGCUUGGUUUGGCGUGCAGGUGGAGGCCAGUAAGCACAAUGUCAGCCGGCGUUUUCCAAGAUCCUGGAGCCCUACUCCAGGGAAAAUUUAAGGUCGUUUGCCCAAGAAGAGCUCCUCUGACCCAGGUAGACCUUUCCUUUAGUUUUCUGUGUCCUUGUUUCUGUUCAAGUUGGGCUCUGAGCCCUCUCACUGUUUCAGACCUCUUUAGCAGUCUCCCUCUCCCAUCAUUCCCUCUGCUUCCUGCUGUGCCAGCAGGCAGUGCUCUGAGCAAUGACUUCCCUUUCAUCCAUGGAAGUGGUAGUGAGUUAGGCACCAUCACCCCAACUGAUUUGAGAGAGCUCACAGAGCGGACUGAAUUUCAGUGUGAUUUAUGCCCUCCCAGCCUCCUGUAGGGUGGAGCCUAGGGCCCAUCUCUAUCCCUGUUUGUUUUUAAAUAUUGUUGUGUGUUUUGUAUCUGUGGUGCUGGCUUUCAGCACAUUCUGUACAUAUUGUAAAGAAACCGUUAGGAGUAAUUUUCUUUCCCAUUGGGCAGGCAUGGGCCUACAUUCCUGCCCUUCCACUUUGUUCUGUAACACAGAGAAGAGGGACUUGCAUAUUAGCGGGGCACCCUUGGUUUCUACAGAAGGGAACAGCUUUUUGUUUUGUGUUUCCCCACCCCUUAAAAAACAUAUGGCUCUUUGUGAUCUUAUAUUUAAAUCUCCCUUGAAGAGUAGGAGCCAAGUUGCCCAGAUAAACAGGUGAAAGCCACAGUGGCAGAAUGACGCUGCCUCUUCCUGACCCUCUGGUCCCCAAUCCUUGCCGAGUCCCACUUCCCUCCC